AUGCGACGCCUGAAAACUGUGUUCCGGUCAUCCAAGUCCGAUAACCCUGCCUCUCGUUCCGGCGGCUCACGGCGCCACCACUCGCAUGAGGGAGAUCCAGUGAAACCUCCAUCAGACACCACUUCGAGGGAGGUAAGAGAUGAGAGGGAAUUGGCUGCAGUUGCGAGCGAUAAUGCUGGCGAAACUCGGGCGAAAGCUCAACAUGCCGAAAACACCGGCGAUCUUUCUCGGUCGAAGAACGGCACUAGACGCCUCAAGAGGAUGGUCAAUCGUUUCCGUGGCAGCUCACAACAAGAUGAAGAACCGAUGACAGAGCCACAGCCUCAAGAGCAGCAGGAGGCUGCCCGCAGAGAGUCGACCGUCGGACCCCUGACCUCUAAUCCUUUUGAGCUCGAAGCACCUGCCUCUGCUCCUGCGCCUGCAGUUGCUCAGGACCCAACUCCGAACCCAACCACUGUCAAGACAGUGAGGUUCAAUGAGUUGACGGAGACUCGAGAGGCCAGUGUUCAGACUUCCAAUUCCCAACAGUCUAGCCCGACGAGAGACUGCCAUGAUCGUCCCCAGGAAAUCCCAGAACCUGCUCUGGAAGCCUGGGAGGAGUGGGUGCGGCCAGGACUGAUGCUGUAUGAGACUGAGCAACGUCAACAUGUUCCCGAAGUCUCGGACCCGUUCUCUGAUGGCAAGGCUGUCGACAAUCAAAGUCAACAAAGUCUAGAAGCCCAGCAGGCAAGGCCAGGACCCUCGGGGCGUGCGGGUCACAACCGAGAGACAUCCAGAGGCUCUGAAGCGAGUCAAGCGACACUAGAUUCAAUUGCGGAGACUGAUGUCGAUGCAAUUACCCCAGCUCCGCUCCCACCUUCCCAGACAGGCUCAGUCCGCAGCCAAAGUAGUCGAGUUAGUUGGACUAGCACCCUCGACGGGCAGAAAGCGACGUUGGCCUUCAACCAGAUGGCGACUCAGUUCGGGGUCCCGAUUAUCAUUCCCAUUGAGGACGCUGCAGUUGGUACAACAGCAGGAGCCACUCCCGCCACAGAGGAAGAGACCGGUCGUCGUAGAUUCGGCUUUCUGGGCAAAGUUCGCAAGGUGCGAUCGAAUCUGGCUGUCGACACGGCACCUCCCUCACCAACUCCCAAGCUACGACGAAGGAAGACAUUUGCGAACCUUCGCCAUCCCAAUCCGAUGACUUCGUUGGAAGGAAGGUCGAUCGAGACUUUGGCUCGUCUUGGAGGACAUGCGUAUCUCAUGCAUACAGAUUUGGCUCCCUGUCCCGCACAGCUGCCCGCGUGCAUUGUAGCGAUGUUGAAUUUUCUACAUAAAUAUGGGCUGGAAACUCCGGGUCUCUUCAUCCAUCGCGGCGACGUGAAAGCCGCUAUUCGCCUGUAUGACCACUACUCUGAACAUGUGCUCACGGCUGAGAAAGAGGAGUCCAGAAUCGACUUGACGAUGCGUUUGGUUGCUAUGCCCACGCUCAGUGGAGGUACAGACACCGCGCCAGUGCUAAGUGUGGCGUGGACGCUAAAAGCAUUGUUGGCGGGGCUUCCCAUCGGGAUCCUCGGGAGUGUCCGGCUCUACCAAGUCUUGAAUGCCAUGUACCAUCACUCCAUUCCCAAUCCCAUGCAUCCCCUCCGUGUCCCAGCCUGCAUCGCUGAAGCCACUCCCGUUACUGCCGCCCGGGUGCAGCUUAUGUGCCUCGCUCUCAUUGCCCUGGUGCCGGAGAUGCAGCGCGACCUGAUCUGUUCGGUGUUUGGUCUACUUGCCUUGAUGGUGAAGGACCCCAAUCUUCGGGACCAGCAACCCGGGAUGGAGCUCCGGGAGCUUAGUGACCCAGUGGCGAACCCGAACUUCCAUGAUUUGGCACGGGCAUUUGGGCCGCUGCUCCUCGGGGUCAGGGGGCGAGAGAACCGAGAAAGAAAAGAUGCUGCGGCCCAGGUGUUACAGGAGGUGGAGGAGCAAAGGGUGGCGGGAUUGAUGCUCAAUAAUUGGCAUUAUGUCCAUCGGCAACUUCAAUACUGGACGAAGUGUCGAUACAUGGUGAGCAAGGAAUAG